UUUCCCCCGGAUUUCGAUUUCUGUCUCUGCAUUUCCAUAUCUCUGGAAAAUCUUUUCUUUUGUUUCCUAAGAAAACAAAAAAAAGAAAAAGAAAAAGAAAACACCAGAAUCGUUUUCUUUAUACUCUAAAACAGAUUUUGGUGUCCGCGUGUAUGGCAGCGCAUACUUACCACAACCAAAACGGCGUCAUUUUUGUGCCUCUUCACCAGUUGACAGCUUCUUUCCCAUCCGUGAAACCCAACCUCGUCUUGGCCCCUCAACCAUUUGUGCCCUUAAAACCUAGUGUUCCACAGGCCCUUGCUCCGUACAACCCACCGGUGCUGGCUCUGGCUCGAAUGGACGAGGAAAGGUCAAUCUCUCUGUUUCAGUUCAUGGUUGAUGAAGGACUCGUGUUAUCUCCGGAAGAGGAAGAGAAGAGGAGGAAUAUCAUUUUAAAGCUCAAACAGAUAGUGUUGGCAUGGAUUAAGAAGGUUGCAUGGCAACGCCGAUUUCCAAGGGAGCUAAUUGCUGCCACCUGUGCCACGAUAUUGACUUAUGGAUCAUAUGGCCUCGGAGUCCAUGGUUUGGAAUCCGAUAUUGAUGCUUUAUGUGUUGGUCCUUCCUUUGCCACGAUGGCAGAGGACUUUUUUGUCGUUCUGUACAACAUGCUUAAAAGCAGACCUGAAGUAUCAGAGAUCUACUGUGUAAAGGAUGCAAAAGUUCCUCUAAUGCGGUUUAAAUUUGAUGGGAUCUCAGUUGAUCUUCCGUAUGCACAACUGCAAGUAUUAUCUGUUCCUGAAAACGUGGAUAUACUAAAUCCAUUCUUUCUCGAGGAUAUUGAUGAAAUGAGUUGGAAAAGUUUGUCUGGUGUACGUGCUAACAAACGCAUUGUUCAGCUUGUUCCAGAUUUGGAGAAUUUCCAAUCAAUGUUGCGAUGUGUUAAAUUAUGGGCAAAAAGGCGAGGAGUAUACGGUAAUUUGCUUGGAUUCUUGGGAGGAGUUCAUCUGGCAAUUCUUGCGGCAUAUGUUUGUCAAAAGCAUCCAAAUGCUACCUUAAAUACUCUUAUUAUGAACUUCUUCCAAACUUUUGCGUUUUGGCCUUGGCCUGCUCCAGUAAUUCUGCAAGAUGGAAUGUUGCCAACAACUGGAGAUGCCACUGAGACACGGUCCCUAAUGCCCAUUCAGCUACCGUGUAGUCCACAUGAAUAUUGCCAUUCCAAUAUCACUAGAAGCACAUUCUACAGGAUCAGGGCAGAAUUUCUCCAAGGCUAUGCUAUGACUAGGGAUAUUUUGAAGCUGGAUUUUGUUUGGGGUAGCAUAUUUGAGCCUUUUCCAUAUACAAAGAAGUAUACCCGAUUUAUCAAAAUUUAUCUCUCGGCUACUAAGAAAGAUGAGCUAGGAGAUUGGGUAGGUUGGGUGAAAUCACGUUUUCGCUGCCUUCUUGUCAAGUUGGAGGAGAUGCAAGGUUUUUGUGAUCCUAACCCUACCGAAUAUGUAGAUGUGGAAGUAACAGAGCCCAAUGUUGUGUUCUACUGGGGCUUAAAUCCUAGCAGGAGUAGUUACACGGAUAUAGAGUCUGUUGAAGUGGAUUUCAUGAAGAAUAUAAAUAAUGGCUUUCAAGACCCUCCUGGACGGAUGAAACUAUCCAUUAUCCAAGCUUCUCAGGUGCCUAAGAGUGCUCUUCGUGACACUGGAAGUGGGAAGUGGACAAAAGCAUGUUGGAAGAUCAUGGAUUACAAUCAACGAAGAAUACCAAUGUAUUCACAGCAUUUGCCACAUUACUUUGUUGGGUAUGUGGUAGCUAAUGCAGGGCCCGAGUACUCAUGUGGUGGGGGUUAGGCUUAUCAUGUGAACUUUCAUUAUUCUUU